AUGCCGGGGAAUUUCGGCGGGCUGUUGGGGGGAGAAGGUCAGCACCACAGGCCUCUCUCCAGCUACAAUUAUGGGAAUAGGAACGCCAAAUUUCAAGCCUUUGGAUAUGUGCGCGGUCAUCCUGGAGGUGAAAUGAACAAUGCGCCCACGUAUCAAAUGUGCCGACAAUGGGGUCAUGACUUCGCAGCCAUGCGGGUCACACUCUUUAGGACCAGCAGAGCUGAGUAUGAACAUAACGCUUUCACUCACGCCCAAGGUGUAUCGAGGUCAGGAAGCCUUCCCUGCCUGCAUCAAUCUGCCAAGCAGGGGAUUCGGCCAAGCCAGUCCUUCAGUGACACCCAUGCGAAGCACAUCUUGGCUUCUUUGCCGCCCAUCUCACCGUGGUGA